AUGUUGAAAUCGCUAGAAAGUGCCCCUCACUACAAUUACCGUACCCUGAUUGCCGACAAGUAUCUGAUAUCCCACGUUAUACAGGCGGGAGCAAGCAUGGAGAACGAGAACCCGAUCGUCGGCUCCGACGAGCAAAAGAAGCUAAACGCCGCCAAGAAGCUCGCCACCCGACCCGCCAUGCAAAUUUACCGCCCUCCCGGCCUUCGUUCGGGAGGCGCUUCGUCGCCGCCGUCCGAUUCUCCGCCCGAGAAUGGCGACGUCGAUUUGAUGCAACGAGGAAAUCCCGGAGAGACGGCCGGGCAAAAGCCGUCGACGACAAGGCCCACCAGGCCUGAAGAAAACAACAACCACCGAAAAUCGCCGCCGCGCGCAAAAACCGAGGAGCGGCUGAACAGAACCGAAAGCAGUCUGUCGACUGAGAGUGCCGUUUCUCAGAAGUCCUCCGGCGCGGGCAGUCAUCAUGAAGUGGAGAAACAAAAGCCAGCCGAAAAAGCUCCCCGCCCCCGGCAACAACAACAUCGACCCGCGCAGCCGAAGGAGAAGCCGAGAAAGAUAAUGGGCCCGAAAGAAAUUGGCGAGGCGGCCGACGCGCUCCGUGCCUUGCAUAUCCCGAAUAAUGUUGCCGAGUUGGAGCAGCUGGUGGCAAGCGAAUUCCGCGACGAGGGCGCGGCGGAAUGCGUCGGAAACGCGAUCGUCCAGCACGCCAUUGAGGGAGGCACGAAUUGCUGUAAACAGUCCACAAAGACACUUGCUGCCGGAUGGCCGUCUACUCGUCAUCUAUCGACCGGCAUGGCUGAUGUGAUGCACCGUUCUAUCUGCGCUCAUCAAAUGGCACAACUACACCGCAGGCAGAAGUUCUUCAUCCUGUUCGCCAACUAUCUACCACUCGCGGAUGAUGUUCGUCGUUCGCCUUCACACUGCCCGACAACGAGACUGCUUCACGCCGUUCUUCGCUCACCAUGCUGCUCGCCUACUCGCCCAGCUACGCAGACAACAUCCGCCUGGCUACGCCAACUGCAAGCCUCUGCUGCCAUGUUCGACAACGCCGUGUCUGCUACUGCUACUCACCACGGUGCUCCAAGGUUGCCAUUUGCGACAUCUGACACAUGGCAAUGGAGAUUAGUCAGGCGACACUCAAGCUGGCGCAGGGACAGCGACAUGCCGAGCAACUUUGCCCCUUCACGCGUCUACCUUUGGCGACUCCGGAUAAGCAGCGGCGCUCUACACCACAAUUUGCUGUUCGACAACGUCAUCAUCUACAUGGUCGUCACCUUCCACGACGUUCACCUGGCAAUCGACACCGCCGCCAACAUUGCUUACUUCUACAGCCUCUUCGGGGACAACGUCAAGCGGAUCUCUCGUUCUCCGCACCGCGUCGCCUUCAACAUCUUCUUCAGGCAGCCGCAAUCGGACAGAGAAAAUGUACAGGGCUUUGCCUCAUACAUUUCGAGCCGCUUCCGCAUUCCGACAACAAGCUGGCGCUGGUUCCAUCGACAUCAUGCUGCCUCCCGUCCUUCACCGACCUUCGACAAGACGCUCCUACAAGCUUCAUCAAUCAAGCUCGGCCCUCUCGCAGUCUCAAGCUCCGGAAUCUCCCGUUUUGUGGAUGGAGUGCGGUCGCCGUGCCGUUCACACGGG